CCCGUCAGCAGAGCGCGGCUCAGCGGCAGCAGAGUCUCUUGACUCGGGACGCGCAGAGAACAGCGGCUCCCCAUCCUGACCUGCUACCCACAACACGGGCACGGGCAGGGGGGACAACCACAACUUUGACUCCUUUUGUGGAUCCGAGGAACAACACAGACCCACAACACGCAAAUGUUUUACUUAUUUUUCAUUUAUUUUGAAUGAGUAAGAUACUUUAGACAUGUCUUCAUCCGUGAGCGGCACAGAAGAGGUCCGGGUGUCCGUGUUGACGCCCCUGAAGUUGGUGGGAUUGGUGUGCGUCUUUCUUGCCCUGUGCCUGGAUGUCGGGGCCGUGUUGAGCCCGGCGUGGGUCACUGCGGACGACCAGUACUACCUGUCCAUGUGGGUGUCCUGCUGGAAGCCCGUCAGCUCCGCGGAGUGGUCCUGCAACAGCACGCUGGCCACCGACUGGCAAAUUGCCACGCUGGCCUUGCUGUUGGGGGGUGCGGCCCUCACCCUGAUCUCCUUUCUGGUGGCGCUGAUCUCCCUGUGCUCCAGCUCCAGGAGUCGCUGCUACAAGGCUGUGUCUAUCAUGCUGUUCUCUGCAGUGGUGCUCCAGCUGUGCAGCUUGGUCCUGUUCCCCAUCAAGUUCAUCGAGACGGUCAGUCUGAGGGUGUACCACGAGUUUAACUGGGGCUACGGCCUGGCCUGGGGAUCCACCAUCUUUUCUUUUGGAGGCGCCAUCCUCUAUUGCCUCAACCCCAAGAACUAUGAAGACUACUACUAAAAUAUGUUUAAAGAAAGAGAAACUGAGACUCUGCUUCAACCCGAUGUCCUCUCAGCAAUAUGAACUCUCGUCUGUUACACAGUGCACAACCACAGACUAGAAAAAGAAGAAAUACAAAUGCUUAUUGUUAGUUUCAGGACUGGAAAUGAGCUGUUUCAUUUGAUACUGUGAACUAAUUAUCCAACAGACUACCCUCACUCAUUGAACCGAAGCCUCGUGCUUUCUCAGAAGUUUUGGCAGCAGACCUGACUGUGAAAAAAGAAAUCUAACCCAGCCUGUGUAGUUUGGGAGAGAAUGUCCGCACUUGCAUAACUCUGCUUCCCCUUUAAGGUGAACUCCAGUGGGUCUCAGAUUUGGGCAGAAAAUCUGAAGGAAGCAGAUGGAGUCACUGCCCCCAUACCAAGAGGAAUGGCUGAAAUAAUUAACCAAGCAGAGCAGAGAAUGAUGUCAACACGGUCCAAUCAGGGAAGCCAG